AUGAUCACCAUCAGCACCAGAGUCUUUCCUCAAUCUUUCGUGUCAUGCGUGAUGUAACACCCGGUGGGCGGGGCUCCACAGGUGCGCCUAGAACAGGUAGUCGAAACUUGGAGCGGUUUUAAUGUUGACAAGCGCAGGCAGUCACGUGACAUUUAACAAUAGUCGGAUUUUACGGGAUCCUCCCACGAGAAGUUUCUGCUGCCCGGCUACUUUCUAAACAAACAGAAACCAAUCCAUCCAUCCCCAGCCAGGCUUUUUUGUGAUCUCCCAAGUCCACCAUCGUCAUGCGAACUCCUGGGAUUUUUAUUUUCGGGAUGGUGCUCGCACCCUGCGGGUGGAUCCUGGAGCUGACCAGCACCGUGGCACCCGCCUGGCGCACGAUCAACAACAUCCCGGGAGAAUCCAGCGACCUGGUUCUCCAACAAGGACUAUGGGACAUCUGCAAAACUUUCACAUCGUCCCGGGAUAUUCAAUGCAACCAACAGGACACGCAAUACUUCAGCGCUCAGAUCAUCCAGAUUGCGAGAGGUUUGAUGUUAUCGUCGCUCAUUCUCAAUCUCAUUGCCAUCGGCGUAGCAUCAGCUGGAGUCCGAUGCUGGACUGAUAAACCGCAGUGGACGGUCGCUGGGGUCGGAGGUCUUCUCAUCUUCAUCUCAGGGGUUCUCACCAUCAUCCCAGUGGCUUGGUACACUCACAUCAUGACCUCCAUCUUCUCCACAUCCACUGAUGUUCGUGUGGGAUACUGCCUGGUGCUGGGCUUCAUCGGUGGCAUCAUGGAGGUUCUCGGAGGACUAGUGAUGUCCUUCGGCUUGUGUCGGUGCUGCAGCCGUCGGAAUCGCAAUGAAAGGCCGAGGACAUUCGCGGUGAAGCCCACGCGCAAUCCAUCUCCACCGCACAGAGCCCCCACGGUGUCCAGCGUCAGCAGCAUCAGCAGCGUCAGCAGCGUCCCGUAUUACUCCAAACAAAGUGAGAUGGACUUCACAAGAGCCAAGAGACAACAAGACAGCAGACCGGCGAAUAGUACUGCGUAUAAAGCACGACCUUACGACACCGAUUUGUGAAAGAACAAACUUCACAAAUCUGUGAACAAACUGCACGGAAGAAUCCUCACCAUCGUUUACCCGCGUAAAAAUACGUAUACAUGAGUUUACCGAUCAGAUGAGUUUCGUUUUUAAUGACAAUUCGGUCUAAUUAUCCGUUAAAUAUUAUCUUACAUUAAUAAUUCACUAAAUCAUUGUGAAAAAUGUUUUUGUACAUGGUACUUUUCUGUUUGUUAACUUUACUUGGCAAAAGAUAUUGCCUCAGAAAUGGCUACUUAGUAGGAUGAAUUAAAUAUUUGAGCAUGUUUAACUAGAUUUUUCUGAGGCAAUACCUUAACAUUGAAAUUUAAAGUAAGCAGCUUAUAUUUUACCGUGAAAAAUGAAGUGUUUCUCUGUUACAUUUACAGUGAAGAUGGUAAAAGUAGGCGUCCCAAUGUUUAUAUGAUUGUUUAUACUUAUUUUUACUGCCAGUCAUGUGUUUUAUGUUACAUUUUAGGUUGUUUAGUUCAUGUUGAACAUUAUUUUAGUGUGUGUGGGUACUGCCUGUAUGUUUUUAUUAGCCGUGGUUCUCGGAAAGGCUCUUGAUUAACUGUAAUUAACUUGUUUUACCACCUGGAGGUUAUCGGUCAUGUCAUCCUCUUAGCUGUCCACCUUUUUCUUUAACGCGGAAGAAAGCUUAUGGGUGAGACUUCCAGUUCAUUAGCUGCUAUAGGGAAAUAACCUGCAAAAUAACAAGUGAAAUUGUUUACACUACAAACUAGCGUGUUUAUAAUUAAGAUAAUACUUUAAAAUAACACGACAUGCCAAUUUGAAAUAUUAAGCAGCAAAAUGAGCUGUUUCGUACAGCUAAAAAUAACUGGAUACUGAUGACACCGAAAGCCAGACCCAUAAAAUUUACAAAUGGCCACACCCACUCUUACAGGAAGAAAAAGGUGGAUAUUAUUGAUCGGAAAAUAUGAUUACCAUUAUAAAUAUUGUACCUGGUAAGGUUUUAUUGAAGAGCACUAACACCAUUAGUUUGGUUUUAUACAUUGCACUUUAUAUUGUGAGGCCCUAAUCAUUGUAGUGGUAGUACCUUCAAUGUCUUUUAAUAGUACUCUGGGCUCUUAUGUGUAAAUAUGUAACUUAUCAGGAAUCUCCUGAGUUUGUACAGUUGUACCAACUACAAAAAGCAAACACAUUUUUCUGAAGGAAGCUAAUCUUUGCACAGCCACUGCUCACAGACUUUCGGUGUUUGCAGUAAUAUAUAUGUCACUGGUGUUUACUAUAGACAGAAUGAUAUGUAAAAUAUCUUUGUGGAAGUUUAUGUGAAAGGCAAUGUCAUAAUUGACAUCUACCCAUCAAAUUUAAUGCAAAUGAUUGAAGGCUGUUUAUUGUUCUGUAUUUUUAUGAUUGUGAUAGAUGAGCACUGCCCUCAUAUUUUUACCUGAAUUAAUGUAAUAAAAAAGAAGUGAAAA